UACUAGACAGACACUUCAAAGUUUGAUUGAAAAUUGACAGAAAUCUAAUUGAAGCAAGGUAACAAUAUGAGACAUUGAUAUACAGAAUAAUUGUGUGUAUCAUAUGCACAUAAGUUGGCAUUUUCUCCUGUUUCUUACUUUUCAGAUCCUUCCUAUCUUGGUUGUUACCCAUUGAUCUCUCUGGUUUGGUAACAAUGGCUGUUACUAGAAUUCUUCUUUGGGUUUUUACAUUCAUUCUCUCCUCACAUUGCUCAUGCACUCAGAUGAAUAACAGUACGAUUAACUUGGGUUCCAGCAUCAGUGCAGGCUCCAAUUCUUCAUGGAAAUCACCUUCUGGUGAUUUUGCUUUUGGAUUCUACCCUCUUGUCACUGGCAAGUACCUUGUCGGAAUUUGGUUUGAUAAGAUAUCAGAGAAAACUCUAGUUUGGUCAGCUAAUCGAGACGAUCCAGCUGGUAAAGGAUCCUCUAUCAAGUUAUCACGCACAGGCCAACUAGUGUUGAGGCACUCAAAUGGGACUGAAGUUGUCAUAUACAAUGUCACGUCAACAGAUUCUGCUUCAAUGCAAGAUAAUGGCAAUUUUGUAUUGCGAAACUCUUCCUCAGGAAUCAUCUGGCAGAGUUUCAAUUUCCCUACAAACACUAUUCUACUAGGCCAAGCUUUGGUUAUGGGCCAGAAGCUCUAUUCCAAUGCCAAUGACACAGUUGACUACUCAAUUGGCCGAUUCAAGUUGGAGAUUCAGGAAUCGGAUGGGAAUGUUCUACUGAAAGCGUUUCAUUUUAGUUAUCCUGCUUACUGGUACACUGCUACUGUUAACAAUGGCAAUGUGAGCCUAGUUUUCAACAAGACCACAGCUUUUUUGUAUCCCAUUUAUGUAGAAAAAAAUUCAAAGGCAUACAAUAUGACAAGCGCAGCGCCCACGCCUAUUGAAGAUUUCUACCACCGAGCAACUAUCAACGACAAAGGAAAUUUCCAACAGUUAGCUUUCUACAAAGGAAAUGGUGCCAGCCAAUGGGAUGUUGUAUGGGAGGCAAUUAAAGAGCCUUGCACGGUGGAUAAUAUUUGUGGGGUGUUUGGUUUUUGCACUUCACCUGAUAAUAAAAUAGUCAACUGCACAUGCUUGCCUGGUUAUUCACCUAGGGAUCCAAACAUUCCUUCCAAAGGAUGUUACCCCAAUGUAGUGAUGGAAUUUUGUGCACCAAAUUCUUUGGCUUCAGAUUUCACUAUUGAAAGACUUGAUGAUUCUGAUUUCCCAAACUUUGAUUUCGCAAAUUUGGCGAAAAUUGAACAAACAGAUGAGGAUGGGUGCAGGGAGGAAGUGAUGAAUGACUGUUUCUGCGUGGCUGGCGUUUUUUACAGAGAAUCUCAUGUUUGUUACAAGAAGAGAAUGCCUUUGGUGAAUGGCAGAAGAAGCAACCCCGCCACUAAUAAUAUGGUGGCAUUUCUAAAAGUCCCUGUGGAGAAUGACAAUUUGGACCGUAAGGAUAAAAAGGAAUCUCCAUCCAGUGCUGUUAUAUUGGCAAGCUUUUUGUCAUGUUCGAUACUUGCUGUGCUCUUUGCAGCCAUUGGCAUUUAUCAACACCCUUGGGCUCAGCGUUAUAUAUGUGUUCAACUUCAGCCACCUCCAAAAAGAAAACCGGUAGAGAUAAACUUGAAGGCAUAUUCGUUUCAAGACUUGCAAGAAGCAUCAAAUGGUUUCAAGAAUAUUCUAGGCCAAGGUGCAUUUGGUACUGUCUACAGUGGGGUUUUAACCUUAGAAGAUGAAGAGGUUGAAGUAGCUGUUAAAAAGUUGGAGAGAGUGAUUGAAAGAGGUGAGAAGGAAUUCUUGACAGAAGUACAAGUAAUAGGUUUGACACAUCACAGGAAUCUUGUGCGGUUGUUGGGUUAUUGUAAUGAGCAUAAUCACCGGCUUUUGGUUUAUGAGCUAAUGCAAAAUGGGACUUUAUCUAACUUCUUGUUUGGUGAAGAGGAAAGACCCAGCUGGGAAAGUAGAGCUCAAAUUGCUCUUGGGAUUGGAAGAGGUUUAUUAUAUUUGCAUGAAGAGUGUGAAACCCAGAUCAUCCACUGCGACAUAAAGCCACAAAAUGUUCUUCUUGACAACAAUAACACUGCUAAGAUAGCCGAUUUUGGCCUAGCAAAGCUGCUGAUGCCAAAUCAAACUCGAACAAACACCAAUGUUAGAGGAACAAUGGGAUAUAUAGCACCAGAAUGGCUCAAGAAUGCACCUGUAACAGCCAAGGUGGAUGUUUACAGCUUUGGGGUCAUGUUGCUUGAGAUUAUCUAUUGUAGAAAGCACAUGGAGUUGCAUCCAGCUGCUGAAUCAGCAGAGGUCGAGUACACAAUUCUAACAGAUUGGGUUUUGAGCUGUGUUAGAGAUGGGAACUUAGAAUCCACUGUGAGUAAUGACACUGAACUUUUGAGUGAUUACAAGAGGUUUGAGAGGAUGGCUAUGGUAGGAGUAUGGUGCAUAUGUUCUAAUCCAACUCUUCGACCAUCAAUGAAGAAGGUUGUUCAGAUGUUAGAAGGAACUGUUGAAGUCGAAGUUCCUCCUCUGGUUGAUGCACAAAUAUUUUAAGAUAAAUUUUAUUGUCCUCUAUUUAUGUUUCUAGUUUUGAUUUGGAUUGUGAACUACUUCAAUUUGCUACAUGAUUAAUAAGAAUUUUCCUUUUGCUUG